UUUGGCCCGCGUUGGCCGGUUUGGUGGGUCCCCCGUCGCAGAGGCACAGCUCGGGUCCGAUCAGUGAUCACAUUGUGUUGAAUGAGAGAGCAAUGAUCAAGACUUGGGGUAUAAUAUAUGGCGAAUUAACCAAAUUAUACGCUCAAUACGCGUGUAAAGAAUUUAACGAUAACUUUGCUCUACUCGUCAAACACUGCGGUUAUAGAAAAGAUAAUUUACCACAACUUCAAGACGUGUCUCUCUUUUUAAAAAACAGGACUGGGUUUCAAUUGAGACCAGUGGCCGGUUACCUGUCAUCACGUGACUUCUUGGCCGGAUUGGCAUUUCGAGUGUUUCAUUGCACACAAUAUAUUCGCCAUUCAUGCGAUCCUUUCUAUACCCCGGAGCCGGACUGUUGUCAUGAAUUGUUAGGUCACUGCGCUUUGAUGGCUGACCCAAACUUUGCCCAAUUCUCGCAAGAGAUAGGUUUGGCAUCACUCGGCGCUAACGACGAAGAGGUGGACAAAUUGGCCACGUGUUACUUCUUCACUGUUGAGUUUGGUUUAUGCAAACAAAACAAUGAGAUGAAGAUUUAUGGCGCCGGCCUCUUAUCAAGCGCUGCUGAACUACAACAUGCUAUUUCAGACUCAGCCCAUGUAUUAGCUUUCGAUCCAUUGAUAACUUGUCAACAAAUACCAAUGAUUACAACCUUUCAAACACAUUAUUUCUACACUGAAAGUUUUGAAGAAGCAAAGGAGCAAAUGAGAGAAUUUGCGGCUACUAUUAAGAGACCAUUUGGUGUUCGCUAUAAUCCUUACACUCAAAGCGUUGAGAUACUGAGUAAUACAAAGAAGAUCAUGGAUUUAGUGAGUGAAUUAAAAGGCGAUUUGUGUAUUGUUUCAAACGCUCUUCAAAAGAUUAAAAUACAAAAAACUGACAAA